CAAAUAAAAAUGAGUGACUGAUGAAAAGAUCUCAUCAGUUACUCCCACAGCCCACAGUGAGUCUUAUUGAAAAAGAGGAACCUUGGGGUAAAAGUGACACUGCAAUCACACAAGAGAAUCCAUAUUUUAGCAGAAGAGGAAGCUACUAUAUUACAAAAAAUAUGAAUAAGAAUAUCAGCUUUAAGCACCAUGAGAUCAUUGUCCAUGAUGCAGCAGGUCUAAAGAACUUUUGGGAAAACAUCAUUGAAAAGCAUACAAAGCAACGAGAAGGUGAAGAGACAAGAUUAAACAGGAGUGCCUUAAACAAACUUCGACACGAAUGGGCCCAGAGGCUGGAAGGACGAAUAAAAAUGCUACAGAACACUGGAGGAGAGCAGAAAGAACGGAUGGGCCUGCUAUCAUUUGAAACUUUUCACCCCGCUCAUAAAACUGCUGCCUAAAGUUACUGUAGAAAGUAUUUGGGCCUGAUCCUGAUCUUAUAUGCACAGCUCUAAACAGAAACACAACCACUGUCCUGGCUUGACAUUUCCAAGAGAUUUGGAUAAGCUCUGUUGCUUCUCCAGAGUUCAGCUUGCUUUAGGUCAUAGUAAUAGGAUCUAUUGUUUUUCAAUAAUUAUUACAAUUCAACUAAAAGAUAGUAGUGCACGAUCUGUUAAGAAUUAUGCUAUGACAGGCAAGAACCAAGCUCUACUUGUUCUGCAGGAUAUAUUAUCAUUAUGAGGAUGUAGGACUUAUAGGUAACUCUUUGCAUUUUCAAGUGGCAACAAUAUAUUUCUAGGUAAGAGGAUCACUUUUAAUGGGUAUAAGGCACUCAAAUGGCUGCGGGUAAAGUUGCACAUUUCCAUUUAUAAAGCGCAUACUGUGCUUGACUUCAUGUGAAUACAACUUAUCCUAGCUGCCUUGGGGAGAUGCCAGUGAAGUGAAUUAAGAAUGUCUAUGAUUAGCAAGUUACAAGUCAGAAAAAAAAAA